AUGACAGCCGACAAGGAGAAGAGAAGGGUGAUCAGCCGCGAUGCAGCCAGAAGGAGACGACGGGUGGAGUCUGAGGUGUUUGCAGAUUUGUCUCGCCUCCUGCCGCUCCAACAGUCUGUCCAAAAUCACCUGGACAAGCCCUCAGUCAUUCGCCUCACCCUCAGCUACAUACGCAUGCACACGCUGCUCAAAGGGAUUACUGGGACAAAAGCAGAGGCCAGUCACGCAGUAAAAUGUGAACCAGUAAUGGAAAGUGGAGAGGAAUGGCAAGGGUGUGACAGAGGACGUGACGAUGAGGAGAAAAAAAAUGAUGAUGUGGAGGCCUCGGAGGAGACAAACAUGUUCCUGAGGAUCAUUGAGGGAUUUUUGAUAGUCCUGUCCACUGAGGGAGACAUGAUCUACCUGUCUGACAACGUCAGCAAGUACAUGGGUUUGACACAGACUGAGCUGAUGGGACACAAUAUUUUUGAGUUUACUCACCCUUGUGACCACGAGGAAAUCAGAAAUAACCUACGUCUAACAGCAGAAGAAGUUUGGUGCGGUGCAAAGAGGGACUUUGUCAUGAGGAUAAAAGGUGCUCUGACACACAGAGGAAGAAACUCUAACCUCAAGUCAGCUACGUGGAAGGUUCUCCACUGUCAGGGCCGAGCAAAGGUGUGUGUCGCCCCAUCUUCACUUUCCUGCCUGCUGCUGACCUGCCAGCCUCUGCCCCUCUCACACACACUUCUCAGCACACACACCUUUACCAGCCAGCACAGUAUGGACAUGAGGUUCACUUACUGUGACCAGAGAAUUACUCUGCUUUUAGGUUACAGUACCGAGGAGCUGCUGGGCCGUUCCAUCUAUGAUCUCUGUCAUACACUGGACACAAACUGUUUGACCAAAAACCAUCUCAACUUGUGUUUAAAGAGUCAGUCAGUCAGUGGUCAGUACCGGAUGCUGGUGAGAGGUGGAGGUUACGUCUGGGUGGAGAGUCACAGUGCUGUCAUCCCCAGCGUCCGACCCUCCAAGUUCAGGCCUGGCGCCCACCAGCCGCUCUGCAUCCUCUGUGUUACCUAUGUCCUCAGUGGAGUGGAGGAGCCGUCCCUGCAGCUCUCUUUGGACCAGACUGUCCACAGAUAUUUGAGAUGA